AUGGCGGCCGCGAGCCAAUCCGCUGCGGGCAGCGCUGGUCCGGACAGAGCGGAAGCGGGGGGGUCGCAAGGCGCCGGGGAUGCUAUCGCUGAUCAGUCGUCCGCGCCAGGUGCUGCGUGGGACGCUGCAGCGGUGCGGGCGGACGCGUCGGGGGCAGCGGCGCCCAGAGAGUCGUGCAUCAAACACAUCGAUGCCAUCUGGUUCUGCUACUCGCCGGUGUACCAGACAACGCAGUACUACCGCGAGGGCACGUUUGACUCGUGCCUCGGCAAGUGGGGCCACCUGUGGGACUGCAUGCUGCUGCGCACCGCCGCUGCCCCCUCCGUGCUGGCGCGGCGCGAGGAGAGGCGCGAUCAGCAGGGCCCUCCGCCACCCCACAUCUGGCAGAUGCGCUCGCCAGAGGAAGCAAGGAAGUUCUGGGAGCAGGAGUUUGGAGGGAAGUCCUAG